AUGUCUAAAUCUUUAAGGGAUAAUUGGUCUUGCUCUACUUGCAAAACAAAAAAAACAUCACUUUCACCAUCCAAGUUAUCGAGAAAUACUCAAAUUGUUACCGAUAAAACAUUGAAAAAUGUCAUUGAUUCUGUGAAUUUCAUGAGCUUUCAAUUUGUUGACUUUAAUCACCAAUUACAGCAGAUGUUUACAAAAAUAAAUGACUUAAAAAGCGAAAGUAAAAGAAUCUCAGAAGAAAAUGUAUUAUUGAAGAAAGAAACUGUAAAUUUAUCGUGGCGUUUAAAUAAACUUGUCAUAGAGAGAUUGUUGGCGUACUAG